AUGAAUCUUGUCGCCAUUAUCUGUUUGUGGCUUACCGUUGUCUACUGCUAUCCCGGCGGAUUUGACUGGGACCAAGCUGCUAGAUAUCACCAGCAGCAAGUCCUUCGUGAUGACAAUGACCGAGGGUUUGGCUUGAACGAGCCGUUCGUCCCAAUUCCCGCUCAUAUUCUCCCCGAGAAGCAGCCCUUCAUCAUUGACGGAUCCAUUCAUUUCUACGAAAAGCAUCUCAAUGGCUCCGGCCCAGAUGGGAGCUACCGUCGCUCAUCUUGUCCGGCCGUGAAUUCGUUGGCAAACCGCGGAUAUAUCAAUCGGUCCGGAAGAAAUAUCACUUAUGCUGAGCUAGCGCACGCAGUUCGCCGAGUGUGGAACUUCGGGGAUGACAAUGAUGACCAUGUUCAAUACGUGAUUAAUUGCCCGGCCGCACCAACCCGCAAUGACCGCGCAGUGGGUGACAACAUUAACAUCAACAUGACUCUCUUCGAGUCCCUGUUGUCCUUCUCCAAGGAUGGCGAAACCUUGUCCCUAGAGGAUAUGGCGGAGCACCAUCACCUACGCCACAACCAAAGUAAAAUCGAGAACCCGGACUUCAUCUUUGGCAAUCAAGGAGCAAUUUGCUCACUUGCCCAAUACACAAAUAUGGUCGGGGUUCUCGGCAAGUUUGGUAAACAUGGCCGAACCACCCUAUUCAUUGACGAUGUCAAGACUUUCUAUCUUGACGAGGAUAUUCCUCGGAACUAUGAGCGCAGAGAAGCACCCCAUUAUUCUCCCGAGUCAAAUGCAAUGAUUGACCGCAUGGCGCAUCAUGUUGGCUACACUAUUCAACGACCGUUCCCGGAGGGGGAUCAGAAUCCCGGUGUGGACAUUUGUCCGAUGAAGGCGCGAUUCCAGCACGAGGAUUGUAGCUAG